UGGUAAUAGUUUCUUCACACUAAAACUCACCCGUCAAAGUAUAACACGCGAUAACAAACGGACCAUUGAUCGAGUUUCAUCACACCACCGAGAAUAUAUUACACAUUUAGACCAAGUAUGUUUUACGAAAGGUAAAGAUUAAUUAAAAAAAAAAAGGUUUUAAAAAACUCGGAAAUCUACGAUUCCUGACGUCCCCGACUCAUCGAGGCCGGCACCAGAAAUAACUUCCCUGCCCAGUUAUCAGCAAUCAGCAUAGCAUGCUGGAUUAUGAGUAAUGCCCAGCAUACUCUCAAAGUUCGUUUCUUGUACAAAACUAUCCUCCGGCUCCACAGAGGUCUUCCAGCCGAGCUGAACAUAAUCGGAACAGCAUACGUAAAGGAUGAGUUCAGGAGGCACAAAACUUGUGACGCAGCAACUGCUGUCAAAUUCCUAUCGGGCUGGGCUGAUUAUGCUGUGAUGCUGGCUGAGCAGUUGGGUGUAAAAGGCCCGAAAACUACCUCCAAGCUUGGCAAGCAUAUCAACGAAGACCUCCUGGAACAAAUGAGCGAUGAGCAAGUGGCACAACUUUACGAACUGAUGAAAACAACCAAAAAUCCUUCGUAGUUUUACUUAGUACUCUUAAGACAAAUGUAUAGAAAAAUAUUACACUUAUUUAUUACAAGAAUAUUUUAUUUAUA